GCUCCAAAGACCAAGAUGUUUGUGGCAAAGGUAUUGUUCGUCUGUGCGGCUGUUGUGCUGGUCAGUGGCUAUCCCCAGGUAUUUGGCGGUCCACGACAGCUGAGCGAAAGUGAAAUUGAAGAGGCUACAAAUAGGCUGCAGAGCUCUCUGACCAAGCUGGCCGCUGGAGAAGGACCCAACUACCGUAUCUCGAAGGUUUUAUCGGCAAGCACACAGGUCGUUUCGGGCUCAUUGGAUAAAUACAAUGUUGAGCUUAUCGAUAGUAAUGAUGCUAAGAAGGUGUGCAACGUUGAGAUCUGGAAUAGGUCUUGGCUGCCAAAUGGCAUUGAGGUGACCUUCGACUGCCCCAAUGAAAGGAAGGUGAUUAAGAACCAUAGCGCCUAAGUGUGGGCUACAAGAAAUAAAUAUUGCAAAGUUCUUCUAACUAA